AUGGCCGCCCCGCAUCUGCAACCCAUAACCGCCUUCGAUGCUCUCGAGCGAGUGCGAUCGGAAUACCUCCUUCGCUGCUCGGUCGCGGCUGUCGACCGCCUCGUCGGCGGAGGGCUGACGAUGGGCAAGAUGACCGAGAUCUGCGGAGGGCCUGCAAUCGGAAAGACGACGCUGGCGAUGCAGUAUGCCGUCAACGUCCAGCUGCCGGCUCGGCUCGGCGGUAUGGACGGCCAGGCGAUAUUCGUAGACACCGAAGGCGGAUUCAAUGUCGAGAGGUUCCAGGGAAUUGCCGAACGCACCUUGGCAAAGCCAGUCUCGUCUGGAGAUGAUGUCGAGCUGCCCACGGUCGAGGCCGUGCUCGAGGGUCUGCACUGCUUUCGGAUAUUCGACCACUACCAGCUGCUGGCGCUCUGUCACCAGCUCUCGAGAUACUUGCAGCAACACCGAUCGAUCAAGCUGGUGGUCAUUGACAGCAUAGCCGCCCUGUUCCGGCACAUGAGCGAUCCAUCGAGACGGCUCUCCAUCCUGAAUCUGGUGUCCAACAUCCUAUUCAAGAUCGCCGACAAGUUUGGUCUUGUGAUCGUGACGACAAGCCAUCUGACCCUGCGGUCGCACGCCCUGGGCAGCGAAUCGACCCUGCUCCCAGCGAUGGGUGAGAAAGCAUCGACAAAGCAAGCACGGACGAAUGAUCUGAUCCUGCUGACCAUCCCGUCUCAUUCGACGCUGCUGGAACGGAUGGCCUCGGGCACAUAG